CAAUACCGAAUUUCUGACGAGUUGAAACAGGACAAGGCAACGGGAAACCCCAAGUAGCUAGGUCCAUGCCUCUUCCCCCAUCACCAGCAAAGCUUAGCUGUUGGUUACCCACCUUCUCCGUUCCCCAUUGCCUGGUUAAGCUGAUAAACCUCUCUGGCUCUCAAUCUCAUCCUUUCGUCUAUUCCUUGCAGUCUUGCUCUGAUUAGCAGUGUGGGUUUUUUCGCACAGGAGGGCCCUACGCAGCACUAGCACAAAACCAACUCAGCAUGUGCAGUGCAACCUAGCGAAAGUGGCUGCACACAUCAGAUUGGAGUAGGAUAUAUGGAGGAGAGUAUCUAUCUGUGCGGGAGGCUCCUACCAAUAGUGGUACCGCGUAUAUAACACGACAGCGUGGGUUCUUGGGCAGCGCGACGCCAGGGAGCGCGUAGGGAGAGAAAAGUUCGGUUCUUGAGAAAGAAAGGGGAAUAUAAGUGAGGAGGCGAGAGCCAGAGAUAGAGAGAGAGAGAGAGAGAGAGAUCGGAGCAGCUAGCUAGAGCAUCAAAAGCGGCCAGCCAUGGCGUUGGAGGCCAGGUUCUUUUUGGCGGCCGUGUUCGCCGUCGCCGCGACGUGCUUGUGCUUAUCGGCGGUGGCCUCUGCUUUCGCCGUGCCGAGCGUCGCCUUCGACGAAGGGUACUCGCCGCUGUUCGGCGACGACAACCUCGUCCGCUCGUCGGAUGAUAAGAGCGUCCGCCUCUUGCUCGACCGGCGCUCCGGUUCUGGGUUCAUCUCCUCGGAUUACUACCUCCACGGCUUCUUCAGCGCGUCCAUCAAGUUGCCCAAGGCUUACACGGCCGGCGUCGUCGUUGCCUUCUACCUGUCAAACGGGGACGUGUACGAGAAGACGCACGACGAGCUGGACUUCGAGUUCCUGGGCAGCCGUUGGGGCGGCCAGUGGCGUGUGCAGACCAACGCCUACGGCAACGGCAGCACCGCGCGCGGCCGCGAGGAGCGCUACCUCCUCCCCUUCGACCCCACCCUCGAGGCCCAUCGCUACUCCGUCCUCUGGGCCCCCACCCACAUCAUAUUCUACAUCGAUGACACACCGAUCAGGGAGGUGAUCAGGCACCCGGGCAUGGGCGGGGAUUUCCCGUCGAAGCCGAUGGCGGUAUACGCGACGAUCUGGGACGGUUCGACCUGGGCCACGGACGGCGGCAAGUACAAGGUGAACUACAAGUACGCGCCGUUCGCCUCCGAGUUCUCCGACCUGGCGCUGCUCGGCUGCCGCGCCGACCCGGUGCUCCGCGCCCCGCGCGACGGCGGCGGCGCCGGGUGCGCCGAGCCCGACCUGCUCGGCCUCCUCACGGCCGACUACGCCGUCAUGACCCCGCGGAAGCGCGCCGCGAUGCGCGCGUUCCGCGCGCGGCACAUGACCUACACCGUGUGCUACGACGCGGUGCGGUACGCGGCCGGGCCGUUCCCGGAGUGCGACGUCUCUGACGUGGAGAAGGAGUCCUUCUCGGCGUGGGGCGAGUCCAAGAACGUCGUCAUGAAGGCGCGUGGCCGCGGGCGCCGCCGAGGACGCAAGGCCGGCGCCGGAGCCAUGUCGCGCCUCGACGUGUCCAGCAGCUGAAGUGUCAACUUGGGAAGCUAAUGGCAUAUGAUGGUUACUAUUACACUACUAGAUUCUAUUAAUUUUGCGGUAUUGAUUGAUUAAUUGUAGUAUGGUUUUCCAUGUAUGUAUAGUUUGUAAAGGUAGUAGGUGCUAGGGAUUAAGUUCGGUACCAAUUUCGACUAUUAUUCUUUGAUUCGUUGGAUGGCAGCCAAUAAUAUGAUAUCACCGGAUUAUAUUACUCAGAA